AAAAGGCAGAGGCUGGACUCAGACGGGGAGCUCUCAGCCAUCGUCAGUGAGGUAUUGCCAGACCGUACGGCCCUCACAUCCAGCGGCGUCUCCCCCAACCGCCCCAUUCCAUCAGAGACCGCCAGCAACGGCAACCUCGGCCUCUGCGCCACCGCCGUGUCGUCCGCAAGCUUGUCCCACUUCGCAGACCUUGUCAACAGCGCUGCGUCAGAAGGGGUAGAUUUGUCUGAUUUACCGCACCCGUUGACUUCUGAACACCAUCCACAUCACCUCCACCAGCAACAGCAGAUAUCAACACUACAUCAUCAUCCCCAACAUCACCAGCAGCUUCAACAGCUUCACCAGACUCGGGUCGACACCGGCCAGUCUAUGGCCGCUGGUGACGCCACGACAGCUUCACCGUCUCUUUCGUCACCUCCUUCAUCCGCCCUUCCCCGUGUCGGGGCCAGCACCUCCACCAUCUUGAAUACCGUGUCUGCUAUUUCCUCUGACUCCUCGCCGCGAUCUUUAUGCCCUUCGUCAACUCCUUCGUCUUACAUUCCUGGGUCUUCGACUUCGUCAUCGUCGUGUAGCGGAGGUAAAUACGUCGCAGAUUCAUCGGUUCCUUCACCGUCAGAAGGCACGGCGCUGUCGGGCGCUGAUCACAGCUGGCUAGCAUCAGUGCUACCUCCUGACACCAGCUGCGUCGAGAACAACAACAAUCUUCCAAGCCACAAUGUUCCUGAUAAUCCCGUCACUUCUGCUGUGUCUAAUAACCAACUCUGUGUGAAGUCAGAAGUGGCAGCGGCCAGCGACAGCGACGCUGGCUUCAACAUAGACUCAUUUAACCAAUAUAUUCUACCCGAUAAGCUUUCUGCUGAUCUCUCUGCUUCAUACCUGCAAUUGCAUUCCAGUUCGAUGCAGGCUUACGGCAGUCAGUCCUACAUGCAGGCGGGCGCAGGCUUUUACAACGCCGUGCCCAACUCCCAGUACGCAGCGUACGGAGCUGAGUACCUGCUUGGCUCAACGCGGCAACUCAACCACAGCAAAACAUCGAACUCUUCAGUCGGCUCUUCCAACGGCCUGUCAUCAUCAUGUCUCGGCUCCUCGGGCUCCCUCGGCUCCUCAGGAGCUGCCUCAUACCUAGGCAGCUAUAGCGGCUUUACAUCUGCAGCUGGCAACAGCUCCCAGAGUUGCCAGAACCCUUACUAUGGCACCCCCUACAACUCCUCCGCCUUCACCGGCGCCGCCAGCCAGAGCUACGCCACGCAACAGGGACUAGACUCUGCGGCGUACUACUCGGCGUACGCGAACAGCGGUGCGGCGGCCGCGGCAGGAUACUACUACAGCCAAGGCUACCCCUACAUGGCGGCCGCUAACGGAAAUGUCGGCACGACAGGUGGCAACACCGUGCAUCAUAACGCUGCAGGUGCAGCAGCCGCUGCUGCAGCUGCUGCCAACCUGACAUUGCCAUCUGCUGCAGCUGCAGCUGCUGCAGCCACCACCUACCAGGUGGUGAUGCCUCCUGGGACCAUCCAUGAUGAAACCGGAGCCUUCCAGAGCGGCGACAGCCCGCCGUCCCCUCUCAAGGAUGCCGGCCGGACUCGGAGCCAGCGCAGCAGACGGGCACAGUCCCCCAACGACCAGGAGAACAAAGUGGACCGCGUCUACAUCUGGGACCUGGACGAGACCAUCAUCAUCUUCCAUGCCCUCCUCACCGGCGCCUUCGCCAGCAGCUUCGGCAAGGACAGGGAAGUCUGCCAUCAGCUCGGGUCUUUCAUGGAGAAACUUAUCUUCGACCUGGCCGACGUUCAUAUGUUCUUCAAUGAUCUCGAGAACUGCGACCAGGUGCACAUCGAUGACGUGGCGUCUGACGACAACGGCCAGGACCUCAGCACAUACAACUUCGCAACGGACGGCUUCGCGAGCGCCAACAGCGCGGCGGGCAUCGGCCUGAACACGGGCGUGCGGGGCGGCGUAGACUGGAUGAGGAAACUCGCCUUCAGAUACAGAAAAAUCAAGGAGAUUUACAACGCAUACAGAAAUAAUCCAGGCAGUUUACUAGACAGCAACAUGCGGCAGAAGUGGCAUGUGCUACGGGCGGACAUCGAGCGCUGCACUGACUCCUGGCUUAGUGAGGCCCUCAAAUGCCUCAACUACAUCAACUCCAGGUCAGCCUCUGCCUCAUGA